AGUUAAAAGUGGGAAAAAAAGAGAGGACAUAAGUGAUUUCAUCAAAUAAUAACCCAAAGAUGAACUUUAUCUAAAAAAAAAUUAGAGAAUAGACGACAAAGGCAAGGGAAACUGUAAGAAGAAGAAAUCUUAAUCGAGAUCGCAAAAUACGCCAACAUCGUAACAACAUAUUGGAGUAAAGUAAUAAAUAAAUUGUUUCACUUCGAUUCAAGUCUCAGGUGGUGUUUGAGGUGUUAAUAACUAGAAUUUGUGACAAUGGUUUUGAUAAGCGGGAAUAACAAAAGGGUUGAACAACAAGCAAAUGAUGAGAGAACCAAAGCACAAGGUGUUACAGUGAACCACAAUUCACAUCAGCAAGGAAAUAAAAGCGUCGAAAUUGGACGUACCCAGAAUUUGCCCAACACAGUGUUGGCCAAAGGAACAACAACGACGGAUGAAUUUAAAUACGGGUUUCCAUCCGAAAGCUUAUCGACCACUUCAAAUAAAUGGUGGGGAUGUAGUGAUCGCAAUGAUCGUGUCGACACCAACCCAGAUGAAACCAAGAGUCAACCCGAAGAAAGCGGAGGAGAAGCUGUAAAGAUGGAAUGCGAAACUGAAAAAACCGAAAACAGUGAAGAAACUCCUGAAGGUUCAUCUGUGUUGAGAACUGUGAGGAAAAGAGCUGUAGAAGAAGGAAGAGAAGCAUUUAAAUUAGGCGUUUUUCGAGGCUAUGGUGUAAACAAGCUAGGCAAAAGGGAGAAAAUAUUGCUCCACCAAAUAUUUGGAUCUUCAUUGCCAAAGUCAUGGAUACAACAUACAUGACUUGGAGUUUAGAGUCAGUAUCAUUUCUGCUUGUUGUAUUGGUUACUUAAGCAACAACUUCAUGGGACAGUAUCUUCUUUUUUGUGAAUGAUGUAGUUUUUAUCUCUGGUAUUUUCUCUGGGAUGGUGUUUGGAACUAAUGGCAUGUGGAACUUUUGGUCUUGAACUUCCUAAUAUCUUCAUUAAGAGGUUGAUGAUA